CUCCCUCAUCGCCGCCGACACCUUCCCUCCCUUUCUGGAUGGAGAAGCCUGCCUCUUUGGCUUGCACAGGCCUCUUUGGCUCAGGGGGACCCGCAGGAGGCGCCCAGGUGCAGUUUGCAAAGGGAGAAGUUCUUCUUGCCGGCCGUGUAGGCAGCCAGCCCCUGUGUAACACUGCUGCACCACCAAUUCCUAGCAGUCCAGUCUGGACGCCUUUCUGGAUGACCUAAGAUGAUGGGCCUGAAAGAAAAGGCUUUAGAUGUUUCCCUUUGCAACGCUUCUAGUUAAGAGGUACAAUCCAGAUCUGAGUCUGCGCCCUUGAUGGUGAAACAUGCCUGGAGAAGGAGGCGCACUAGCCACCAUGGACCUGCGGUUUCAGAACGUCUUCAUCCAUGACUUGCCUGUGGGAAGUAAAAUGGAGGAGGCAGAAGCACCAGGUUUAAUAAAUGGAGAGGGGACAGGGCGAGGAGAAAAAGGCUGCCAUUUUGUUCCGGCUGGGACCACCAAAGGGCCUUCAAAAUGGAGGCCACCGCCACAGAUUAAACAGGAGCCAGAAGAGGGGCUGGCCCAGCACUGGGAAGUCCAAUGGCAGGAGUUUUUGAAGGCAUUGCAGCCCCACCCAGCACGAUGGGGUGACCCACAACUGCAAUGUGGCAAUGACGCCAAUGUCUUGUCUCUGAUCUCCUUGGAGGGAGAGGCUGAAAUCCACCCUAGGGCAGAGGCGGCAGCCCAGACCUCACUAGGGCUCAAUGGAGAAGUCAAAAAGACGUUCAAGAGUCUGGGUGCUGCAGAUGGCAUGGGUUGCAAGGUCACAGAGGAACAUGGCGUGGCUGAAGACGAUAUCAGUGCUCAGAUCCAGCGCAAGCGGUUCAGGCAUUUCCGCUACCGAGAGACGGAGGGACCUCGAGAGGUCUGCAGCCACCUCCGGGAACUUUGCUCUCGGUGGCUGAAGCCGGAGAAAUGUACCAAAGAGCAGAUGUUGGAGCUGGUGAUCCUGGAGCAGUUCUUGGCCAUCCUGCCCCAGGAACUGCAGAGCUGGGUGGAGGAAGGGAGCCCAGAGACUUGUGCCCAGGCGGUGGCCCUGGCAGAAGAUUUCUUGCAGAGUCAAGAGGAGCUUAAAGAGGGAUGGGAACAGGAGGUACUGCUGGGGUCAUCAGAAGAGGAAGAGAGGGAAGCUGCUGUUGAGUUUCUAUCAUUGGCCAUUGAACCAGGACAUCUGUGGAAAGGGGUCAAAGAGGAGGAGGAGGAGGAUCCCAGACUGCUCACAGCCAGUAGGACAACAAUGCCUCUGAUGCAUUCUGGGUCAUCCCCAAUUCAUGCUGCUCUAAAGCCAGCUCAGAGCCUUGUGACUUUUGAGGAGGUGGCUGUGUAUUUUACCGAGGAGGAGUGGGCCCUGUUGGAUCCAGGCCAAAGGGCUCUGUACAGGGAAGUGAUGCUGGAGAAUUAUGGGAAUAUGGCCUCGCUGGGAUUUUUGACUCCUGAACUGGACUUCAUCCCCUGGCUCGAAGGCGGAGAAGGUAUAUUCAUCCAGAACUCGGAGAAAACAGAAAGGGAGACUACUGCAGUAGAUGAUGUGACUGUGAAUAAGAUCAAGGAAGAAAACCUUCAGGAGCAGGAAGACUCCAAGUCAGGCGAAACCCCUGAGAUGUUCCCAGGGCAGUCGCAAGAGGAUGUCCUGUUGCCAACGCAGGCCUAUGAAAGUGACGGCACAGCCAGUGACACCGAGGAGGGAGCAACACAGCAAGAAGCUUCUGAGUCAGCGGGAUCUCUUGGGACUUUACAAGGAGGCUCCCGAGGGGACAUUUCCGUGAAGGCCGAGCCCUGCGAUCAGGGCUAUGAGUCAGACAGGCAGCAGUGGCACCAGGCCAUGAGGAUGUGGGGGAUCUCCAUCCAGAAAGUGGAAGAAAACGUCACUGCGGAGAACAUCAGCAUUGUCCAUGUGGGGGAGGAGAGCCACAUGUGCCGCAAGUGCGGGCAGACCUUUGAGCACCAGUCAGGCCUGAUCGUGCACCAGAUGAUUCAUACAGCGGAGAGGCCUUACGAGUGCCUGGAGUGUGGGAAGAGCUUCUGCCAAAGGGAGAACCUGCUCGCGCACCAACGGAUCCACUUGGGGGAGAGGCCUUAUGAAUGCCUGCAGUGCGGGAAGCACUUCAGCACCAGGUCCCAUCUCAUCACCCACCAGAGAAUCCACACUGGCGAGAAGCCAUACAAGUGCCUUCACUGUGCCAAAAGCUUCAGCAACAAGUCCUCGCUGGUGACGCACCAGAGAAUCCACACGGGAGAGAAGCCCUACGAAUGCCCAGAGUGCGGCAAAAGCUUUUGCCAGAGCGGGCAGCUGAUCAGACACCAGAGAAUCCACACAGGGGAGAAGCCCUACGCAUGCCCACAGUGUGGGAAAUGUUUCUGCCAGAGAGGGCAGCUGAUCAGACACCAGCGCAUGCACACGGGAGAGAAACCUUAUGAAUGUCUCCAGUGUGGGAAGAACUUCAGCAGGAAAUCCUAUCUGGAUAUCCACCUGCGAAUGCACACAGGAGAGAAGCCCUACGAGUGCCCAGAGUGUGGGAAAAGCUUCUGUCAGAGUGCCCAGCUGAUCCGACACCAGAGAAUCCACACAGGAGAGAAACCGUUUGCCUGUUCCGAGUGUGGGAAAAGCUUCUUCCAGAAAGAAAAGCUGGUAAGACAUCAGCGGACUCAUGUGGAAGGGAAACCAUAUGAAUGCCCCGAAUGUAGGAAAACCUUCCUGCGAAAAGAUAAGUUCAUUCAUCACCAGAAAACUCACACUGGUCUGGAAACAUUAUGAAUGUUUCCAUUUAAAAGAAGAAGAAGAAGCAGCAGCGAGUUAAGUUGGGCAAGACACACCUUGUUACUCCAGGAUUGCUGCAGCAGCUGAGGCCUUCCCUACUUCAAGGGAAAAAGUUGAGAGAAAACUAUGAACAUCUUUGUCGGAUCACUGCCAGUUCAAUCUAGUCCGACAUCCUGUUUCAAGCAGUGCUCACUCAGAUCCUUUUGGAAGCUUGCAAGCAUGAAGCCAAUGGCCAUUUCCCAUCAAAUCUUCUGACCGGUUGGGAGAAUAUUCUGCAUGCAUCAGGCUUAACGUGUUAGACCCUAAAAUAGCAAGUCCUAGAAAUGAUAGUCUGAAUUGGCAUGGAAGGAGGCCUCCUCUUGUUCAUGCUAAAGUGGAAAGACAGAUCUUUGUUCUGACUGAAAGUGAGUAUAAAACAUCAUCCAGAAUGAUUUAAUGUAAGCAACUUGCUCCAGGUUGGAUAGAUAUGCCAGAGAGCGACUUCCAGAAUCUCCCGGUUCAUGAGUCUGUCUUGGAGCUGCGAGCACAUAUGGAAUCCACGCUGGCACCAUGUUUUCCCAACAUGCAGAUAUGACAGUAGGUUCUCUGGAGGGCUUCUGUGUCUUGAAACUAAUGAGGGCUGAGUUAUAAUUUUCACCUGGUUCUAAGGAAUGAGGUGUCCACGGAAAAGACAUUCAAGAAAUGUACUGAAAUGUGGAAAGUUUCAUUUAGUGACGUUUGGAACUCUCUCUGCCAUCAUUUCCCCGCAACCAUUUAUGUUGCUGAUGCCAGCCCCACUAGUGACUCCAUUUCCUGUGGCUCUGCUUCCUUCAAGAGAAGCGCUCUGUCAGCCAGGUCUGGGGCCAUAGUUCAGUGGUAGAGAAUCUGCUCAGCAAGCAGAAGGCCCCAACUUAAAUCUCUGGCAGCAUCUCCAGGAAGGGCUGGGAAAGAUUCCUGUCUGAAAUCUUGGAGAGCUGCUGCUGGUCAGAGUACACAGUACUGACCUGGAUGCACCAAUGGCCUAACUCAGUAGACGGCAGCUUCCUGUGCUCCUGUACAGAGCAUGUUUCAUGGUGACUUAACAUCCCCACAGACAAUGGGGUGACCCAUGGUGUUUUCCUCAAGCACUGGUGGCAUCGUGCUUUAAAAGCCAUCAGAAAUGUUGCAAUCAAGCAAACAACUGUGACAGAGCAAUAACGGUUUUCACAAAGAAUUAAAAUCCACCGUAAACAUUAAAAACAGUUUUGACACCAUUUCAGCUAUUGUGGGAGAAGGAAUUGUCUGGAACGAUCUUCUGCUUUUGACUGUGGUGUCCCUAUGAAAGCUUUCCUUCAGCCUGAAGUGCUGGGUGAGCAGCCAUUUUCUGUCACAAGGACGCCAUUGUAGCCCGCAUUAAACUUUUCAGUGACAUUCUAUUACUCUUUGGAUUGCAAAAUACACUUCUUGAAGUCCUGCCUACAGAUUUAGUAUCCUUAAAAAUGAAGAAGAAUACCAAUUGAUUUCUGCAGCUCAUGUCACAGUGUUUGAACACUGGGAGGAAACAACAGGAGGAAGAUGCUUUUUUCUGUCACAUGACUUCCUGGAUGCAGCAACCAGAUCCCAAACCACACACAGUUAGCACUUCCUCCUCUCUUCUCUCCCACUGGGUGCUUGUUCGUAAGGAAUUCUUUGAAUCAAGGCAGAAGAUGGUGUAACAGUGAAAAUGCCCCACCAUGCUUCACAAGCUCUUCAUUUCCAGCUUUGGCACAAGACUGGAAGGAAUUUCCAGAAUUAGGAAGGCCAGAUGCCAAUAUGGCUUGAUUUUUGCUGACACCUAUCAAGAGGAGCCGUGGAAGCCAUACACAGUUCUGUCCCGAAUCACAUGCCACUGAUAUUGGGGGUGUGGUGGGGUCGUAUCCUGAAGAAUCCCGGCUGAUACAGUUGUUGGAAUUGCUGUGUUUGUGUUUUUGUGUGCCACUAUGUGUAUAAGAACAUAAGAACAGGCUUGCUGGAUCAGGCCCAAGGCCUAUCUAGUCCAGCAUCCUGUUUGACACAGUCAUCCACCAGAUGCCUCUGGGAAGCCCACAGGCAAGAGGCGAGGGCAUGCCCUCUCUCCUGCUGUUGCUCCCCUAAAACUGGCAUUUAGAGGCAUCUUGCCGCUGAGACUGGAGGUGGCCUCUAGCCCUCAGCCUAGUAGCCAUAGGUAGACCUGUCCUCCAGGAAUUUAUCUAAACCCUUGUUACAGCCAUCCAGGCUGUUGGCUAUAACGAUGUAUAAAUUGACAGAUGGGCUUGAAUGAAUACAUCCUAUGUGGCCUGUGUCUAUUACGUUUGCACUCCAGUGUCCAUGAAGUUUUCAUUAGAGUAUAUUUGGAAGUUCUCAAUUAUUUUGACCCCGCUCUGCCAUUAACUGAUGGAAAUCAGGAUUUUGAAGUGCAUCUGCCUAGCACACCACCCUAGAAACUGCACCAUUCACUUAUGAAAAGAGGGUGAUGUGUGUAUAAAUGUGUAUGUGCAUACAAUGAACAUACGGACAGCCCUGCUGGAUCAGGCCCAAGGCCUAUCCAGUCUAGCUUCCUGUACCCCACAGUGGUCCACCAGAUGCCUCUGGGAGCUCACAAGCAGAAGAUGAAGGCCUGCCCCCUCUCCUCCUGUGGUUCCCCUGCAACUGGGAUUCGGAGGCAUUCCACCUCUGGACCUGGAAGUAGCCAUUGAUAGACCACCUGACCUCCACAAAUUUGUCUAAACCCCAAUGGAAGAGUGCUGGACCGACAUCGGAGGUAGCAUAGAAGAGGACAGCAGCUAAAGUGAUGAGAAAAGAAUCCUCAAAGUAGCCUCAUUGAAAUUAAAUGGAAAAGUUGAGCAUUGCCUGACCUUUGCUUUUAAUUACAGUAGGAUUAUUUUGAGUAGUUUUCUGUGUGUCGGCCACUGAACUCUGUUGGUGGGUCCACGUAGACUUUUAAUUUAUUCCAGCCUCAACACACAGUCUGCUGGGAGAUCUUACAGGGCAUCCCAAUGACACGAGUGAAUUGAACAGGAGUGGAACAAGUAUCCUGUGUAUUCUGACUCCAUACUACUACAAAUAUUUAUAUACCACUCUUCAACCAAAGUUCUCAAAGCGGUUUACAUAGAAAAAUAAAUUACAUAAAUAAGAUGGUCCACUGUCCUCAAAGCACUUCUAAUCUAAAUCUUCAUAGCUUAAAUCUGUCUCUGUCUCCUUCCUUUAGUGACAUCCUACAUAUCAUGUUAAAUCUGCCUCUUCUCAUUAAUGUGAUGUCUGUUUAAUUUAAGAGAAAGUUUUGUCCAGAUCUGUGUACUGUAUUAAGUGUUUCCUGAUUUGUCGUUCGCUUUUUCUGAAUAAGUGUGAUUAGCAAUGUACCUUGCUAUUGAUUCUGCUUUCAAACUGGUGUUGCUGUCUGAUUCUGCCUAAGAAUGGAUCCCUCCCCCCAUAGAAAAAUUACAGCAAUUCCAUCAAGUGAUUUUGUCCCCAUGUCAAGCUGCUGUGGGAAGCCCUUGAGCAGCAAGAUUGGAUGUGCACACCGUAAUGAAGUGAAAUGUGUUCUGCUUGACCCCGGGUUUGUGUAUGACAUUUGUUAGCAAAUGCCAUCAGUGCAAUGGCAUUUGAGGCUCUUGGUAUUUUCUUCAAUAAAUGAUUUAAGAGUG